AUGCAAAACGAAAUUAUUUGUAUAUGUGAUAAAUUAAUUUUAAAAGAAAUAGUUGGGAAAGUAAAUGCUGCUGAGGGGUUUGCUGUUUUAGCUGAUGAAACAACAGAUAUUGCUACAAAAGAACAACUGACAUUAUGCGUUCGUUUUAUAGACAACAACAAUAUGGUUAAUGAAAGUUUUCUUCAAUUUGUUAUUAUUAACAGUUUAACGGGAAAUGACCUGGCAUCUGCUAUAAUAAAUGGUUUAAAAAGUUGUGGUAUUAAUUGUGAAUAUUUAAUUGGACAAGGGUAUGAUGGUGCAUCAAAUAUGAGUGGAAAAUACAAAGGAGUCCAAGCAAUAGUUAGAGAAGAAUAUCCUAAAGCCAUAUAUGUCCAUUGUGCUGCACACACAUUAAAUUUAGCAGUUUCAAAAGCAUCAAAUAUUCAACCAAUUAGAAAUUGUCUCAGUAUUAUUGAAAAACUUUACGACUUUUUCAAUACCCCAAAACGUAACAAUGUGCUUUUGAAUUGUAUUAAAAAUGCAAAUGAAACACCAAAUGCUAAAACAUUGAAGAGGCUAUGUGCUACGCGUUGGAUACAAAGAUAUGAUGCUGUCAAUGAUUUUGCUGAACUGUUUCCAUUUUUAUUGUUUUCGUAUGGCUUAACUUUGUGUAAGCAAUUACAAAAAAUAAGGAUUGAUCUGAAAGAAGCAGUGGAACUUUCUAAUGAUGUUAUAAAGAAUUUAGAACUAAUAAGGGCCAACGCAGAAGAAGAGUUCCAUAAACUAUUUUUACAGGCUGAAGUUAUGGCUUCUGUAUUUGAACUUGAACUAGCUGUAAAAAGAAUUACAAAAAGGCAAGCAAAUAGAGGAAAUCCUUGUUCAGAUAAUGCAAAUUUAGAUGUUGAAGAAUACUAUAGGAUUACAAUUUUUAUUCCAUAUUUAGAGUUUUUUAUAAGUGAGUUGACUGAAAGAUUUUUUAUCCCAUUCAUCUAUUUUUAA